AUGGACGCGAUGGAGUCCUCGUCGCCCUACUCGCUGCGCCAAAAGCUGCGGACCACCGUCUGCGGCUGCUUCGGAUCACCGUCGUCGCCGGUCAGCAGCGCGGGGAGGCCGCACACUGGCGGCGGCAGGGCCAGGUGGAGGCGGCACAUGGCGGCCACGGGGGUGUUCCGGUACGACCCGCUGAGCUACGCGCUCAACUUCGACAACGGCGGCAGCGACGGCGGCGAGCGAGACACUAAGGACACCGCCUUCCACUUCCAGUACAGGAACUUCAGCUCGCGCCUGCCGCCCUUGCCGACACCGACUGCCGGGCGUGCCACCACGGUCGCCAUCGCCUGA